GCACUUCAGAACCCGACGCCGGGCAUCCGCUGAUUACGCCAUGCACGGAAUGCGUGCACUGCGGCGUUGGACACCGGCUGGGCUGCAGCUGCGGAGGGCGCUCGAGCGCCCUGGCCGCUUCCUGGCUGUGAGCGUGGAGGAGGCCCGGCGCAGAGAAAAGCUGGUGCACGAGUCCGCAAAGGCGCGGGGCGCGCGAUCGGUGAGCUCCCACGUGGUGGACACUGGCUUCUCCGUGGUCUUCGGCCUCUGCAUUGCCUGUUGGUACUUCGACUGGUUCUCUGCCCGGGAGACCACCCAUUUGGAGCGGUUCACCGCUUGGCUCCGUGCGCGGCAAGUGGCAGUGGUCGCUUUCGAGCUGGACCACGUGAUGUGCUGCAGGCCACGCGGAGACAGAGGAAUCUCGCUCUUCGAGCUAGAGGAGUACUGCGCUGGCAUCAGCCCGGACUUCGCGGAGGCUGCCGCCGCGCUGGCGCGGCGGGGCUUCUUCCUGGCCCUGGUGGUCCGCGGCUGCACUCCUCCGGCUGCACCCGCCCGAAGCUGGUGGCGCAAGGAGGAAAAGCAGCCGGAGUUCGUGGAUGGCCCGGAGCUGGCGCGGAAGCUGGUGGCGCGGAUGUGCCCGGAGGCGCUGGGGAGCAUCAAGGUGAUCACUAGCACCGCUGCUCCCGAGAGCAGUGUGGAGGACUGCAUCCAGGAGAUAACCAGCGUGCACCGCGUGCCUGCCCGGCGGGUGGUCCUCUUCACCGCGUCCAAAGACACGGAGCAGGAUGGGCAGGACAACACCUGGACUGGCAUCCACGUACCAAAUCCCAAAGAAGGCUUUCGCUACGAGGAUCUGCAACUUCCCGCGGCAGCGGAUGAGGAAGGCUGGUUUGAACUGCCCAUCACGCUGCUCAAGCAGGUCCGAUCGAGCAUCGGCCUGUAGCGCCCGGCGUCGCGGCGCCUCGCAUUCGCGAAAACCGAAAGGAGCGGCGGGUUUCGCAGGAUGAGCCAUUGGGCAACUGGUCCCAGCUCUAAGCUCUUUAGUUAAUUGCGCGCCAUUGGGCUUGUCCAUUUCACCACAAACCGAGGAGC